AGAUUAAACAAAAACAUUUUACAAGACCAAAAUUGGAAUAAUAAUAAUGGAACUGAAAAAAUGGAAUUUACAUGUACCUUGGUUUUUACUGUUGCUCAGCUCAACACAUUCAGACGUCGGAAAAAAAACAUCAUUCCAAAAUCAUUUUGGAAGUCCUUUGCAAAAUCAGUUCAAUACCAAAAACAACACACGAGUUAUUGCCCAAAAAGGUGGGCUUGCUAUAUUACCCUGUGUCGUUAAAAUUAAUUCGCCAGCAACGGUUUCUUGGAUACGCAGGAAAGAUUUUCAGUUACUUACUUUGGGUUUGUCAACACACAGUAGCGAUAAACGCUUUUUAGUUGAACAUACGAGGCAUAUGGGCCAUUGGUCGCUAAGGAUUAAGGCCGUCAGAGAGGAAGACCGUGGAUUUUAUGAAUGCCAAUUGUCAAUUUAUCCAACUCAAUCUAUUUUUAUAGAACUAAAAAUUGUUGAAGCCGCAGCUGAAAUCUCUAGUGCACCGGAACUUCAUAUUGAUGAAGCGUCUACUUUAAGGCUAGAAUGUAAACUGAAGCGUGCGACGGAAAACCCUUCAUUCGUAUUUUGGUAAGACUUUAAAUCUCAA